AUGUCUCCCGGUCUCUCUCAUGCACCUGUCACCCUGCAUUCCGAUGGCACGCAAUCUCACGAGACCGUUGCCUUGACGCCCCCAAGAUCGUCAGUCCAUUCAACCUCAAGAAAUCUCUUUAAAAAUCCGCCUUCACAUCGUCGGGCAAACACCGAAUACAUUACGAGACCCCAACUAUUUGAACAGGGCAUCGACGACACCGUAUCAGGCUCGAAGAAUACCCCUUGGAUGGAAACCUUCCCGAAGAAGAAACUUGAAGCAAGAGCCAGGGUCUUGUCAGAUUGGUUCCAGGGGAAAUCAGGUCAAGCUGAGUUGGGACUGAAAAUGGGCCCCAACGGUGCCUCAAAUGGGAUCGGAUUGGAUUCCCGCCCAGCUCCAACAUCCAUGUCACAUAAGAGGCAGAGCUCGACCCCGGCGACUCGAUUCUCAUUCUUCGGUCUGCGGCGACAACCGAACAGACCCAACUUCCCGGAACCAGCAGAUGACGAGUUGUUGAACCUUGACAUCACUGCCGCUCUGUCGAUACCUGAAUCCGACGAUACCAACGAUGAGGCACUGGAUGCCCUACGAGAUCAUGCUGACAAAUUACUACGACGCAUGCAGGAGGCCUAUAAGCAGCGCACCUUUGCCAUGCACCAAGCUUUAGCAGACAAAAAUGAAAAUCAGGAGGAGCUCCAAGAAACUCGCUCCAGAGUCGAUCACCUCAGGAUGCAACUGGACGGCAUGGCCGCCAAGGUGCUUGACCAGGAGAAAGCCAUGCAGGCCAUGGCCGAGAAGUUGGAGCAAGAGAGACAAAUGCGAAAGACUGAAGAAUCCCGCAGUCGCAGUGAUACGAUGCGUAUGGUGCAUCCCGAUGACGACAUGCCUUCCACGGCGCUCCAAACUCCUCGGCGUGGAGGCAAGCGUGCUAGCCACAGCACCUUCACCAGUGACUCAGGUUUCGAGUCCGGUGACGAAAGCGUUGCGGAUAGCAUCUUCUCGCAGCGUGAGGGUGUCGAGUCUCCCACCUCCACGCUGACAGCGCCGUCUCCCAACAUGUCGCAGAUUGCCCUGUCUACGCCGGCGGGCCCGUUGCCAACAGCUGCAAUCCAGAAGAACCUGGCCACGGUCACUAGUACGCGCUCAUCGGCAUAUGAUCGGGUGUUGAAGGGUCUGGCUUCAACCCGUUUAGGGAGCUCCUUCUCCGGUGGUAACAGCAACGCCUCUAAUUGCAACAUCUGCUAUGGUGUACCCGCUUCCGAGGCCUGGAGUGUUAUGGGUAUUCUGCAAGAUGAGAACCGGGGCCUAAAGACACGACUGGGAGAGCUGGAGGUGGUCAUUGAUGAUUGCCUAGGUCUUGUUGGACCUUGA